CUCAUGUGGCAUGUUAGGAGGAGACAUGGUAAGCUAGCACUUACUUUGUGAAAAACACUGUGGGAAGGCUGCAGCAAAAAUUAAGCACCCUUACAAGGCUACCCUUCCUAUCGACCGCAUGAUCCCACCUGAGGUAACACAAUCCUCUUCAGUUAAUGUUCAAAUGGAACAUUAGACUGUGAAUAUUGGAAAUAUAAAUCAAUAUCAACGUCUGUGUGCAACUUUCAUGUUGUAUUAAUCUCUGGAUUAGCUCAAUUCUAUCUGAAAGGAAAGAAAAUACCAAGUACAAACAAUGCAAGGUGAAAUCACUUUCGGAAUUCUUGGUCUCUUAUUAGUAGACUCAGUUAUUGGAUGUCCAGAGAGAUGUCUAUGUAAUAUUACAUUGAAAGAAAUGAGCUGCACAGGUAAUGGACUCUCAGAGAUUCCAAAAGGUGUUCCUCCCGACACAGAAAUCCUAUACUUACAAAACAACUAUAUUCACACAAUAUCAAACGCUGCUUUUACUGAUAUGCCUCAACUACAGGUAUUAGACUUGUCAAAUAACAUUAUUUCAAGUUUAUCAGCAAAUACAUUUGAUGGAUUGCAUAAUCUUCUCAAACUGAAUCUUGCAAAUAACUCCAUCAACUAUAUAGACGAUAAAAUUCUUCAUGAAACCCAAAAUCUUGAGCAACUGGAUUUGUCAUUUAACAAUCUUACAAGUUUGCCUGAGGGUUUGUUCAAGAACCAGAAGAAUCUGUUCUGGCUUGGUGUGCAUCAAAACCAACUUCAUCAACUAGACACUGCCCUUCUGGAUUCACUGUCAAAUCUACAAAUACUUUUGUUGCAGAAAAAUCAAUGGAUAUGUGACUGUCACAUGGGUGGAUUGAAACUCUGGCUGGAGAGCUUUCUGUACAAAGGAGGUCAGAUUGAUGAGAUUCUCUGCACAGAACCUGAAGAUUUAAGAAGUAAAGACCUUAUGAAAAUCCCUCAUGAAUUAUUCCAACUAUGCUCCUCUGUUGAACAUAAGCCACCUCAUGCAGACUCUGGCCACAUAAGUCCUACUGCACAAAACCUUCAUGUCAAAAAUGAAAAUGCCAAUAAUGCAGACUGUACUACAAAGUCCAAGCAACGAACAGGCAGCUUACGUCAUGCUGUUGCCACAAUUGUGAUAACUGGUGUCAUCUGUGGAAUAGUUUGCUUGAUGAUGUUGGCAGCUGCGAUUUAUGGCUGUUCUUAUGCAGCUCUUAUGGCUAAAUAUCAAAGGGAACUAAAGAAACUGGAACAUCUGGGUCCAGAGAUUGAACAAGGAAGUGCUGAAGAGAAGGAGCCACUAGACGGUUCACUGCCAUGAAUUUUGACUUUCCGAUUGCAUUUAGAAUAUCAUAAUAAGCUAGAACCAACAUGUAUUAAUGAUGACAAUCUAAAAUCAGCUUAUGAAUGCUUUCAUAAAUUAGCAAAUAUCUAAUGUACCAGACUGCUUUAAUUUAUUGGAGCACUUUGGACCUUCAGAAUUUUGCAUGUAAAUCUUUUAAUGUAUAUCAUUUAAUGUAUAUAUUAGUUUAGAUUAACAGUGUCAAUUAUAAAGUGUACAAUUAAAAGAAGAAAGGAAACUAAAAAAUUGUUAAACGUAUUAUGAAGAAUGCUAUGCAUUCAAUUAUACAGUGCAUAAAGGAUCAUUUGUAUUUUUCAUUUAAACUUUAACUGUAAGAUACAAUUUAUUCUAUUAGUAAAUUAGUCUAAUCUACAGCAUUGUAACUGGGAUCACAUCGGUAUCCUUUACUGAAGAUACAUUUCAGCAAUUUAUUUUGUAUGAUGUUUUGGAAUACAAUUAUUCUGUUCAAAUAAGUCACAUAGAGUAUGGCCUUGAAAUAAUAUAGUGAAACUGUAGCGUGUCACUCAGUAUAACCAAGGAGGCAUUCACUUGAUUGUAAUGAAUGAAUAAAGUAAAUCUUUUAAAGUAUUAAGUGUGCACAGGCUAAUAUAGCAUUGUAUAAUUUUGAAGCCUACAUCACUGAAAAUGUAAAAAUAUAUCAGAAAACCUUCUGAAAAUAUUUACAGGUUAACACGACCAAUAAUUGUAUCAUGUACUCCAUUGUUUUCAAAUGGAUAAAAAGUUACUGAUCAAAAUUCCUGAUAUAACAUAGUAUCAAUUUUUAAUGAUUACAAAUGGGUAAUA